AUGGAAGAUGAGCCCUACGAAGCUGUGGGCCGAUCCACGCGUGCCCACGAGGCCACGAGGGAUCAAAGGGUCUGGAUCCCUUCGAAACAACGAACCCCAGAAAAUCGAGGCGGACACCCGCCCAAUGUUUGCACAGGAGGCCUCGAAGAAUCGAAGCUGCCCCGAAUUCUCUGUCUUCGCGACUGCCGCGGAGGGAAGACGCCAAGUGGAUCUGCAGCAUCCCAAGACGACGCCGUCGAGGCUGGACAAGCCUCGCAAUCUCGACCCGAGAAAACGGGCGUGCGGGAGUCAGGGAUUGCAGCCCGGGUCUACCGCGCGGCCACGCUUGGCCGGGGUCGACGUGAGAUAUGA